AAAGUCUUGCCAUUGAAAGCAUAUCAGCAGCUAUCUGCUGCACCGAUAAGAGAAUUAUAUGCUGAUGAAAACUUGAAGCAGGAUUUGUUAGACCGCUUGAACGACCUCCCGAAAGUUAACUUAACUCUUAUUGACCUCCAGUGGUUGCAGGUCCUCGCAGAAGGAUGGGCGUCGCCGUUGUCUGGAUUCAUGCGUGAGCGCCAGUAUUUGCAGUGCUUGCAUCAUGGGCUUCUUUUGGAUUUGAAGAGAGAUUGUUCUGUUCCGGGUGUGCCGCCUCCUGAAAGUGAUGAUUCAAUUUGGUCACUUAACGAACCACUAAAUCAGUCUGUACCAAUUGUGCUACCAAUCGAUGACAGAACAAAAGCAGGAUUGAUGCAAGGAUACUGUUAA